AUGGAGGCGAAAUCAGUUUUUAAUUGGCUGCCCAGCUGGUUUUUGUGGUUCAGGACCAUAUUUGGCUGUAGGUUUUUCUAUUUCAUUGUUCAGGCUAAGAAAGAAGAUGGAACAGCGAAAACCCGUCUGAUCGAGGUCGGUGCGACAACACCUGGCAAGCGGCACAACGAAAUCAAAACCUCCCGAUACACGCUGCUUACUUUCGUGCCCAAGAACCUGGCUGAGCAGUUCCGUCGAGUCAUACAUGUUUACUUCGUGAUAGUUACAAUAAUCUCUUUAGCUAUUGAUAGCCCAGUGUCGCCACUCACAAGUAUCGUGCCCCUCGCCUUCAUGGUGAUGGUUACGGCGAUCAAGAGCGCCCACGAGGACUGGCGGCGGCACGGGAACGAUGGCCGUGUCAACAACCAGAUGGUGGAAGUACUUCAAGAAGGAAAGAUCAAAGAGGUUCGCAACUCCGCCAUCUCUCCCGGCACCCUGGUCCGGGUGAAGGAGGGGUCCGAAGUCCCAGCAGACUUGGUUCUGCUAUGCUCUGAGGGAGUCAAGGGCAAGUGCUUCGUGACCACGGCCAAUCUGGACGGGGAUACGAAUCUGAAGACGCUGAGGGUCCCACUACCUCUUGUGGGAUGCACUCCUGAAAAUUUACCUCAAGGUUUACGCAUAGAAAUACCGAAUCCGAUAGCAGAUCUAUACACAUUUUUCGGGAGGCUAAUAAUCCCUGGGACAGAAAGUCUACCGCUCUCAACUGAUAAGCUGAUGAUGCGAGGAUCUAGAGUCUUGAACACGGAGUGGGCUCUAGGAUGUGCAGUCUAUACAGGGGAAGAAACGAAAUUAGCUCUGAAUGCUAAAUACGUCAGCAACAAGUUCUCCUCCUGUGAAUCCGCCACCAACCGAUGCCUCUUCGUUUUCAUCGGCAUAAUAAUCUUACAGAUUGCAGUUUCUUACAUCGCCAAGAGAUAUAUCGACGUUAAUCAACAAUCCAGAGAUCUAUAUCUAGGAUUGGGAGCUACAUUUCCGCAACCAUUUUCUGGUGUCAUGCAAGACGUGUUCUCUUUCUUGUUGUUGUAUUACUACAUCAUUCCAAUGUCGCUCUUCGUUACCAUUGAGAUAUACAAGUUUAUUGGUGCCUUAUAUAUAGGAUGGGAUGAAGACCUCCGUUGUAAAGAAACUGGUCUAAGAGCACUUGCAAACACCUCCGAUCUAAACCAAGAACUCGGCCAGAUCGAGAUACUUUUCUCCGACAAGACGGGAACGCUCACGAAAAACAUCAUGGCUUUCAAAGUUUGUUCUAUAAAAGGAAAUGUUUACGAAGAGAGGAAGAAAUUGCUAUACGACAUAAGUACUGAAGAGCUGGUGGAUACCGGGCAGGCAGAUAUCAAAUUAUUUUUCUUGAUUCUCGCUCUCUGCCAUACUGCACAGACGUCCACGGCAGACAUGCGUAAACUCAGUGAAUGGCUUUCAGGGUCAAGCAAACAAGAACCCAAAAACCAAAUCAAGUAUGUGAAAAAUGGUACCAUCCCCAAUGGACAUGGGUUUCUACAUAAAUCUUCAAGGGGUAUGAUGAAUAAUAUCUAUAAGACUAAUGUGCAGUACCAGGCUACCAGUCCAGAUGAGAAGGCUCUUGUUGAAGCGGCGGCCAGAUUUGGUGUAACAUUUCUUGGAGAAGAAGGAAACAAUGUAUUCGUGAAAACGAAAGAAGACACUGAAGUGUACGAGAAAUUGGAAUCGGUUGAAUUCACCUCUGAACGAAAUAGAAUCUCUGUUCUUUUUAGAGAUAAAAAUGGAAAGAUUUGGCUAUUCUGUAAAGGGGCAGAAAGCUCAGUGUUUCCGCUUUGUCGAAAUAAGGAAAUGGUUGAUAAAAUAAACCAUGAUAUUAAUGCAUUUGCUAUUAAGGGGCUCCGGACGCUUGCCGUAGCAUUCCGAGAGAUACAUGAGGAGGAUUAUCAGGAAAUUCGUGAAUCAAUAAAAAAACAAACAGAAAACAGUAUUGAAGAACUAGAACAAAUUACUCAACAGUUCAGGAUAUUAGAGCGUGACCUGAUCCUUCUUGGAGCAACAGCAGUAGAAGACUCUUUACAGGAUGAUGUUGUUGAAACAAUAGCGUCGCUGCGGAGUGCUGGCAUCAAGUUUUGGAUGCUUACUGGAGAUAAGGUAGAAACAACUUUGAAUGUAGCACAAUCAUGUGCCUACAUUUCGGAAAAUACCAAGCAAAUGUUCAUCUUAGGCGCGAAAGAAGAGUCGGAUAUAAAAGCCCAUUUAGAAGAAUGUAAAAGAAUAGCAGACGAGGGUCAAUCACUAGCGUUGGUUGUAGAUGGUGCCAAUAUCAACCAGAUUCUGGAGAAGUCGGUAGAAGCAGAUUUUGUCGAAGUUGCAAUGAACUGUAAUGCCGUACUGUGUUGCAGAAUGUCCCCGAUACAAAAAGCGGAGAUAGUAAAGUUAAUAAGGAAUAGUCCUGGUCGGCCGAUCACAGCGGCGGUCGGUGACGGAGCCAACGACAUCUCCAUGAUUCAGGCGGCGCACGUAGGCUUUGGGAUCUUCGGCAAGGAGGGCCAUCAGGCUGCCAGAUCUGCAGAUUACGCUUUCGCGAAAUUUUCCAUGCUGAAGAGGAUCCUACUGGUUAUGGGUCAUUGGUAUUACCAAAGAUUCGCCACCUUAAUACAUUACUCGUUCUAUAAGAAUCUAGUUCUAGGAAACUUAAUGUUGUUCUACCAAAUGAACUGCGCGUUUUCUACCCAGUCGAUCUACGAUUCCAUGUACCUGACUAUAUACAACUUGUUCACGGCACUGCCUUGUAUGGUGCUCUCAGUGACCGAACAGAGGUGGCCUGCAGAUUUACUUCUCAAGAGUCCUAUGCUGUACAAGUCUAUCAGUAAGAACAGCCUCAUGUCCUGGUCGCGGUUUAGCGGCUGGAUGUUGGCAGCUGUGUACCAUUCUGUGGUGAUUUACGUAGCUGCAGCGUUGGCCGUGGGUGACACAGCUAUCAGCGCAGACAUGAAGCCUGUGGAUCUGUGGUCUUUUGGAGCAGUACUGUACCACCUUUUAGUCCUGAUAGUGAACCUAAAGCUGUGGCUACAAGCCCGCUACCACACCGUCGCUUUUGCCGCGAGCGUUGUGUUUUCCGUGCUCGUCUACGUCGCUUGCAACACCCUGUAUGCUUCAAUUAAUGUAAACCUCCACGGUUCAAUCCUCGGCACGUACAUACGCCUGCUCGCUUCUGUCACAUUCUGGGCCCUCAACUGUCUGGUCGUAGUUUCUACGUUGGCACCGGAUUACUUGUACAGAUAUCUUUCCGAUAGGAAUGGAAAGAGAUUUGAAAGCAACUCCAUGGAAAAUGUGUGACAAAAGUUAAACAUUUUGUUUCUAAGCCUGGGCCCUAUUUCACCAACGUGACAAAUGUCGCAUUUGUCGACAUCACUGUUACUGACGUCACAGGCCUCCAUAGGCUACGGUAACCGCUUACCAUCAGACGGACGGUGUGGUUGUUUGCCACCAACAUGUUAAUUAAAAAACAACUCCACUAUAUCGCCAGUAAAUAAAUACUUAUUUUGCGAAGCUAAUGACAAUUGUCACAAGAAAUACGACAAUUGUCACGAAAUUCCGACACAGAACUCAUUUGCUGUCAAGAAUUACCGAAAGUUCUUUGAAAUCUUGUGACAAUUGUCAGCAUUAUCAUCAUAAUCAUCACAAGAGAAAUACCUGUUUUUUGCCGAUAUAAUAAAGAUUUUUUUAAAUAAUACAAUGAUGGUGACAAACAGAAAUACGGCCCACCCGAUGGUAAGCGAUAACCGUAUGGAUGCCUGUGACGUCAGCAACAUUGAGACUUGUCGAAUUGUCGCACCUGUCACGUUGGUGAAAUAGGGGCCUGACCAAAGGCUUGUCAUUACCAAUUUUGGCAACAAUGGGGUUGCCAACAACUGACAUAGGUUAUACCUGUCUCUAGUUUUGUUCUAUUAUACUCUGUAUCUUUAGGUAUUUAAAUAAAAGUAAACAAAAUCUACCCUGAAACGGCUCCUUAAGCCAGUUGAGGGUAGAUGAAAAGAUUACACGAUCAAAUAAUGUAGGUUAAAGUCAGGUCGUUCAGUGACUGAUCCAGGCGGUAUUUGUAAUUGGUCUGUUAACCAAUAAAUGUUAUAACUAGUUACUACCCGAAAAUGUACAAAUUGUUUACUUUUAUUUAAAUACCUAAAGAUACAGACUAGGUAUAGAGUUGGCUUAAAGGGCAUCAAAGGCAUAAAAAAUAGGAAUUUGACACUUUAUUAAAGGAUUGAUAGGU